GCACGAGGGGAGUGACUAUCGCCGAGGGCGGGGAUAGGCAAAUAUUGCCCUAUGGGGGGUUAACGAGACUCAGUCACAAGUUGGGGAUAGGGUGUCUCUUUGGGGGCGUGGCUUGUGAAUCCUCGCUUUCCCGCCGACGGUUGGCCACGUCACGUGACAUGGGUUGGAAGAUGGCGUCUCCCACAGACGGGACAGAUUUGGAAGCAUCUUUGCUAAGUUUUGAAAAACUUGACCGUGCCUCACCAGAUCUUUGGCCAGAACAAUUACCAGGUGUUGCUGAAUUUGCAGCUUCCUUCAAAAGUCCUAUUACUAGCUCUCCACCCAAAUGGAUGGCUGAAAUAGAACGUGAUGACAUUGACAUGUUGAAAGAACUGGGGAGCCUCACCACAGCUAAUUUGAUGGAGAAGGUACGAGGCCUACAGAACCUGGCCUAUCAACUGGGGCUGGAUGAGUCCAGAGAGAUGACAAGGGGAAAAUUCCUCAACAUCUUAGAGAAACCCAAGAAGUAGCAACAGCUCGUGGACAGGUGUCCUGGGGACUCUUCCCAGUGCAGCUUUUCCUCAGGAGAGGCCAGAGGCUGUACCUCAGGACUGCCCCUCUGCCCUGCUCCUGGCACUCUGUGUCUCUGAGGAGAUUCAGUGACCAGAGAAGAAUCUGCUCUACCCAAGGAUCAUCACAGUUACUCCGUCAGCUUCUUAACCUUGGAUAUUGGUAACACCAGAGGUCCUAUCAUCCUUAAAGGUCAAAGUCACCCUUUUUCAUUUCCGGAAGUGAUUCAGGAGCCCCAGGAUCUUCUAGUUGAUUUGAUUCCAUGAUGGCGAAGUCACUUGUGACACAUUGAUUGGAUGGGUUCUUUUGAGUUGAACUGGAUCUUUUAGGAAGUAUUUAUGAUGUGAGGAGAUUAGAGACCAACUAGGUUCUGGAUUAGACCAUGCAGCCUGAUCUGUGAACUCUCCAAUAUAAAAUAGGUUCCAAGAUGUUUCAGCUGGAAAAACCAGAAUCUUCUUGAAAUUUACAUUGGCUUUUAAAUUCUAUACCUCUCAUUAUAGUCCUACCCUCAACACUGUUCAUUCCCCACCUCCCAGGCCUGACUCCAGGCAAGGGGAUCCCUGAGUAGGGUGUCGCUCCUUGAAUCAGCUUGAGAAGUGAAAGGUCCAUGCUAGGUCGCAUUGGGUUGCAGACCUCAAGACAAAUAUGAAGAUGACCUACUGGACUUUUGAGCUCUAGUUAAUCAGUUACAGAUCUAAGUGAAGGAGUCAGUAUGGCCUGAUAGAUAGGAAAAGGACAUGAUUUAUGGGAGUUUCCAUUUGAUUGAAAAGUAGAAUCCUAAUCAAUCUAGUGUGUGCUAUGGGAUGGUGACAAUGUUUUGUCCACCUCAGGCCCUCAUGGCACAUAUCAGAUACUUCACAGAAACAUGUACACACACACACACACACACACACACAAACACACAAAAGAUGAGGAGAAUUUCCUCAGUUAAAUACAGUUUUUCAUGGUGUUCUUAGCCAAUUAUUUAUAAAAACCUGAAAAUUUCACCCCAGAGUAAAAUCAAUUGCACAUCUUCUGAUGUUUUGAAAAGUACACAGGGUUUCCUGAAUUUCAUGGAAAGAAUAUUCCUGUGGUAAUAAUCGGAGGGAGUUUGGACACAAACUUGUAGUCAAGUUUGUGGUCUUGAAUGUCUGCUAGCGCAUAGCACUCUUCAAUUUAAUGGCUGAUCUUUAGCCAUUUGAUGACAUUCGUGCUGAUUUCCCAUGCUAGAAUUAACAUUAGUUUUUACUCUUGUUUGUGUCACUUGACCAACCAGGUAGUCUUACUUUUGGGGGGGAGGAAAGAAAGAGAGAGAGAGAUAAUUGAGCAUGAGACACAAAGGGCAAGAGGGAAAAGGAAACCAUUCUUUCUGGUUGGUCGCUACCCAGGAGGUCAGUUGUGGAGGCUUUAAUUUUAAGUUAAGCUUAUGACUGAUGUUUCUUGAUCUCCCUAAAUGCGAUUGAAGAGCUUAUGCGCAUGUGUGUGAUCAAAAAAUAGUACCAUUAACGUCAAAUUUUUUCUUUGCUCUGUUUUCGAGAGUUGAUAAUGUCAGGCACUUUUACGUGUUUGGGGAAAUUGAGAAGUAUGUGGAGAAUACUGGGAUACCUCCCCCAAACCAACUCAAGUCUGUAACCGGAAGCCAGGUAGUUGGUUUUCUGAUCUGCUUUGGCCUCCUCCUUUUACUGUCAUCUUUUUCACCAGCACUUAAUGUAAGUAGAUGUUUUAGAAUUGCGAUAUUUAUUGGUUUUGUAUUUGUCAUCCUUAGAAAUGUUAAUGAUGUAUUUUUAUAUUGAUAAUAUAAAUUUAUGUACAGUGUAUACGUGUAUAUUUCAAAAUGUUAGAGGAUUGUACUUUGUAUAUGAUGUUUUCUGUCUUCAUAAUAAAUAUGUCC